AUGACCACGGUUUCUAGCGAUAACAUUGACGUGGUCUGCCUUCCACAAAACACAUUACCAAUCAAGUUGGUUAUUACAGCGCUGAACAAUGCGGUCCCUAUUCCAAGCGCUUCUGUCGGAGAUGAAGCAAUCGAGUGUACGAGUGGAAAUCUAUUCAAGACGUCGUUUAUGGACACCGACUUCGCGAUAUGUGCGUCGGAGAGGAAUGGUUUCAUCGCUUCCAGCAGUGACUUGACUGUCGAGGUGGAAUAUGUAGAACAUCCUGCUAUUGUUCAGAAACCAAUGCUGAGUGGAGGGACGUCCUGCAGUGUGACUACAGCCACAUCGGUAACACCGACAGCGCUGGCACUGCUCACUGGAACCAGCACACCGAAUCGUAACUCAAGGAAGCUGAACAGCACAUGGCGAUUGAACCAGCUUCGUGUGCGUGCAAGUCGAUACCUCGUCCUUGCAAUGGGAAAUAUGAACGAAGACGCUCCAUGCUGCACUGAGGUCAAGUAUGCAGUACUCAACACUGUUGACUACAGCUGGACCGACGAUUCACUUCAGCAAAACUUUUGUGAUCGUGCUCUCCGAUUGAGUGAAAGUAGCGACAAACAGUCUGGCGUGAUCCAGGAUACCGUUGUGGUGACACACUCCAUGGCUGGGUUGAUUAUGUCGAUGGCGCUAGCGACUGGGAAGUGCAGCUUUGGAAAGGGGGCGACGUGGGUAGCUAUCAGCUCCCCCAUGAAAGGCACUAUGGCCGCGGAUUUCUUGGAGAAUGCCUUCAAUGACGAUUACACAGAAAUUGUAGGUGGUUUAUUUGAGUUUCUAGGCAAAUGUCCAGUGCCUCUCUCCCGGCAAUCGCUGGUGUAUCAGGGCGAAAAGCAUUCUAACGGGGAGCUAAACGCUGCGUACGUUGCUGCACAAGAAGCUUAUCGCAGCAAUGUGAGUGCCGCUAUGUGCGGCAAUGAUUAUGACGGUAUUUUCUCGAAGUACCAAGCUCGGUUGUUUGUAGCAGGCAAGUUUCUCCCACAUAAGUCUUUGGAGAAUGAUGGCCUCGUUGAGUACCAGAGCUGUGCUAUUGGUCUGGAUGAAUCAUCAUUUGGUACAAGCUACGAGGAUACAUUUUACAAGCCACAACUAAACCACGCAGACACGGUGUUUCUGACUGGCGACGGGCUGUUCAAGGACUCUAAGAAGCCCGUUAAAUGGUUUGAAUGUCUUCUGUAG